CCUAUUUGAUAACCCCAUGAACCAUCUCGCUAUUAGUAUCUUUUAGUACCGCAGCUGUUCUGCCGUAGCAGUAUGAUUUAACUCGUUGAACAACAAGGAAAACUUUCUUUUAAAUUUUAUUAGAUCACAACUAUAUUAAAUGUCUAACGCCGACCGAUACCAGUUAUGGGGCGGGUGCUUCUCCGAGGAGCCCUCAGCAGUGCUGCGGCGACUGAACGACUCGUUGGCAGUCGACACCCGGCUCUACAGAGAAGACAUCGCCGGCAGCCAGGCAUGGGCGCGCGAGUUGCACCGCAGUGGGCAUCUGUCUGAACAGGAUAACAGCGCCAUCCAAAUUGGACUUGAUAAAGUAGAAAAAGACAUCGAAAAGGAACUAUCGCAAGCCGGCCGCCUCAAUGAUCCAGAAGAGGAUAUCCACUCAGUAGUGGAGCGCAGAUUGCAUGCGUACGCAGGCGACGCGGCGCUGCGCUUGCACACGGCGCGCAGCCGCAAUGACCAGUCGGCUACGGACACUAGGCUGUGGAUGCUGACCUCGCUGCCGGCGCUGAGUUCAGCUCUCAAGCAACUCAUUGAGGUUCUAAUUAAGCGCGCCAGCGAUGAAAUAGACAUUAUUGCUCCAGGCUAUACACACCUCCAACGCGCUCAACCGAUUCGCUGGAGUCAUUUUCUAUUAAGCUAUGCAUGGGGUCUCCGAGACGACGUAAAGAGACUGAAAGAGCAGAUGGGCCGUCUCUCAAGAUGUCCACUAGGCAGCGGCGCCAUAGCGGGCUGUGCUCUCCCGAUCGACCGCACCAGGCUGGCCCGGUCCCUUGGAUUCCAUGACAUCACGCCCAACUCCAUGUUCGCUGUGUCUUCGCGGGAUCAUAUUGUGGAGUUCCUAAACUGGGUGGCCUUAUGUGGUCUACACUUGAGCAGACUGUCGGAAGAUUUGAUCAUUUAUAGCUCGCAAGAAUUCGGGAUAAUUCGUCUUUCCGAUCAAUUUUCCACUGGAUCCAGUCUAAUGCCCCAGAAGAGGAACCCUGAUGGCUUGGAGCUGGUUCGAGGAGCCGCUGGUCUACUUCUUGGAGACAGCUUCGCAUUCAGCUGUGUCCUUAAGGGACUACCCAGCACUUACAACAAGGAUUUGCAAUCUGAUAAGGAGAUAUUGUUCAGAUCAUAUGACAGAUUGCUCGACUGUCUCAAAGUCACAAUGGGGACUGUUUGCACAAUGGAGGUGAACAGCAGCAGGGCUAUCAGCUGUCUCGAGCCGGGCAUGCUAGCGACAGACUUGGCACACGCACUGGUGCGGCGCGGCGUGCCUUUCCGCCGAGCGCACCAUUUGGUCGGUGUCGCCCUGCGUCGAGCCGCUGAGCUCGGCGUCGACUUGCAGGGACUACCGCAUAAGGAAUAUGUUGCUAUAAGUCCCGAAUUUGGUACCGAGAAAGAGCUAGCCUCCUUGUUCUCUUGGGAAUCCAGUGUGGAGCAAUACUCAAGCACCGGUGGGACGGCCAAGCAGGCCGUUGAGCUGCAACUCGAGGCGCUGAGCACCUGGCUGCAAGGGCAGCCGCCCUGCUCCGCGGUCCCUCGCCCCGAUGAAACGCCGUACCCGUGUGGCCUCAAAUAGACUGACACCUUUACAAGUCACGGAAUGUAUUUUCUCAAUUUCAUUUACCUUCAUCAUUUUCGCAAGCCAGAGAGGAUUCCAAACAGUCCGUCAUGGAAAUGUAAAACACUGUAAUGUUGAAUUGAAUGUGACAAUAAGAUUUUUUUUUAUGAAAUUAAAAUUCCAUUCCUUAACGACGCAGUAGUGUUACUACUAAAUAAAACAAAUUAAAAAAUAUUU